AUUUGAGAAUUUUCAAUGCAGUUUGAGUUCUUCCAUUGUGAUACUCGUCAGCAGUUUUUUGUUCACGCAGCUGGCAUCCGCAGAUUAAGACGUUAAGGCACGAAGACACGGACCACGGAGUUCGCGAUGCUGUUCUGCGGCCGUAAACACAGUGUGAGCGCAUGGAACGCCGUGGACGUCCGCAUGAAGUCGAAGAAAUUGAAGCACGGCCAUGUCAUCAACAAGGCCAAAGGCGGCCUGAUCAUUGACUUUGGAUGCGACAAACAGCGUGCCAAAUUCAUCAAAUACGAGCGCAUUUCCCACUGCAACUUUUCCCGAGCGACGCACGAAGCGGAAGUCCUGCUGCAGUCGCCAACCUCGGGCGCCUGGAUCUGGUACCCGGGGCAGGUGAUCACUAUGGGCGAGUACCGUCCGGACUAUGCGCAGUUGGUGGAAGUGCAGCUGCCGGACCGCACUGUCCGCGAGCUCUUCCCCAUGGAGCAGGUACGCCAACCGCCCACGGGCGAGGAUUUACGGGGGGAGCUGUGUGUGUGGGAGGAUCAUUAUCUUAUCCGUUCAUGUAAGCUGCCCGGCGUCGGCUGGGCAUGGGAAUCGCACCCGCUGAAAGAAGUGUUCAAGCGCGAAGUGAACAAACGGUUUGGAGUGGUGUGCACGAAUCUGAGCGGUUCAGCGGUGUAUUAUCUGCAGGACCACGGUUGGCCAGUGAAAAUGACGAAAAUGAAAGAAGUUUACUGCUGGGCGAAGAAAGAGGAGGCGGGUGGUUUCAACUCAGCCGAAUCGCGCUGGGUAUUUGACCAGAAUCGUCAAAUGAGGAGCAACCAAACCAGUGGUCAGCGAAAAAGCGGAAAACGUCGUUGGUGGUUACCAGCUAAGUUGUUGGUGGAGAUCUUCCAGUCGCUGGACUCCAUCGAGCGCUUCCGCUGCCGGCGCGUCUGUUCCUUGUGGAACAGAAUCCUCGCUCGGGAAGCCAACUUCCCGGAUGUGUGCCUGUCCGCAAGAGACGGCGCUUACAGUCAAAUGCAUUUACUGGAGGAAGACGGAGCAUUCUGGGUGGCGGCUGGGCUGCUGAAGUGUCUCAACAGCCGCACCCGGGUGGUGGUUGUCACGGGCCUGAACAUGCAGCGAUGCACGGAUUUGGCCAAGCUUAUCCAGCACAUCCGCAACGCCAGCCAACUGCCGACGCUGGUGUUUUGCGAGUGCAGUUACGGUAGUGCGGGCGAUGGUUUUCUCGACUACCAACUGGACGAUGUAGGUGAGCUGAAGUGGAUAGUGGCCGAAGUGGCUGAGCAGAUGUUGUUGAUGCUGUCGUGCUGUGACCGAAUCCUGUGGAAGGAGUGCACUAUCGUCGAUUACAACCUGACGGUGCCGGUAGCGCAGCUUCCCAUCGGCGCCCUUUCGUUCAUGCCGUUGGAGCGGCAACUGUGGGAAUUCGUUAAAGCUGCCGCCGCUGAGUCGUCUGACGGAAAUGAUCGAUCAGUGGAUGAGUGACUGAAAAGGAAAGGGUUUAAAGGACUACGAGAGCGUAUUCCGCGGUCGUUCGCGCACACUGCCAUCUUCGGGAAUAGACGGUGACACAAAAAUCCCAGUUUGGAUGUCAGGAAACUGACUACACUGACCUCCAACGGCUUGCAAAAAGGAAUGAGUAGAAAAGGAAUAGGCGCUGUUAAGGCAAACGUGCUGUGAGCGCAGGCGUACAUGCGUACACCCUCGCUUUGGCAGUCUGUUGUGUGUUCAUUGCGCGCCCGCCUUACGCGUGGCGAAAGCAUGGUGUUCUGCGCGCACCCGCACUGUGUGGCGGCUACGUGCGCAUUUUUCCACGCUUGCUGCAGUCAGCAAUGCGGAGUUGCCCACGAGGAAAUUCUAUCGAAUUUAGUCUUGUUAUAAAUU